UCUCUUUGUGGCUCAUUGCUGGACGAGUCAUUUCAGACUUUGCCCAGUCCUGAACUACGACUGGACCGCCGAGAGAACAGCGCUGCUUUCAAUCAGGCCGGCCGCAAUCUGAACAACUCCGAAUACCUGGUCUUACCAGUCAGUUCGGUAUCUGGGGCUUUCUGCUCAAUUAUACCGCCAGGCAAGGUUUUUUGUUGCCAUUUUUUCUUUUACAACUGA